AUGCGGAACCUCCUGGACGCUGAGCUCGAUGCGACGAACACUGCGCAUCGAAUGAGGCCGCACCCGCCCGUGACGUCGGUGUUGGACAAUCAGCUAUUUAUCGGGGGUCUCCCUGAUAACGAGGCGCUUCAGAUCCUCCGAAAGGAGGGCGUAAAGCACAUCAUUAACUGCUGUGCGCAGGAAUACCUGACCGAUCCCCUCAUUGCGGAGGAGUUUCAUGCUCACAAUUUAGAAUGUUAUGAUACAGCAGAUUACUUCAUUUUGCAUCAUGACUACGAACCCUUUGCGAAGUUGCUGAUGAACAUCCUUCAGAAGCAAGAAAAGGUCUUCGUGCAUUGUAUCGGCGGUAUCAAUAGAAGUGUGACCCUAUGCUGCACCUUUCUUAUGGAGAUGCUGCAGAUUAGCCCGGUUGCUGCUGUCAAGAAACUUCGGAAGAACGGGCGAAUGUAUAUUUUAGACAACGUUAGCUUCCGACAUCAGCUAGUGGACUUUUACUUCCAGGUGGUCCUUCCGCGAAUCAAUGAGGAGGAAGUGCUGCACAGAGCCUGA